GCGCAGGGCCACCGUAGCGGGUGUGGGGCCCCGGAGCUCGGUGCAGGCUCUGGCGCAGGCCCGGGUCAGGCGCUCGGCAGCCGCCGUGUGUUCAGGCGCCGCUCGCUCACACCGACAUCCGCAGCAGCCACCGCUUCCUCCUCCCUGCCCCUUCCCCCACGUCCCUUCGCCGGCGCCGCGCGGAGCACGCCGGGUAACGCGCCUGGCGGCGUCGCCGAGUCAUCCCCGGCUGGCGCGACUUUGAGCUCAGCCUGCGUGCCUUUUCCUUUCCCGCUCCAUUGCCCAAAGUGCAGGCGAAGCCAGUGUGAAGGACUAAAAGCAAAAUGGGGCGGGACUAUGGAAAUUAUGUUAGACAAAAAGCAAAUUCGAGCAAUUUUCUUAUUCAAGUUCAAAAUGGGUCAUAAAGCAGCGGAGACAACUCACAACAUCAGCAACACAUUUGGCCCAGGAACUGCUAAUGAACACACAGUGCAGUGGUGGUUCAAGAAGUUUCACAAAGGAGAGGAGAGCCUUGAAGAUGAGGAGCAUAGUGGCCAGCCAUCGGAAGUUGACAGUGACCAAUUGAGAGCAAUCAUCAAAGCUGAUCCUCUUAGAACUACACCUGAAGUUGCUGAAGAACUCAACAUUGACCAUUCUAUAGUCGUUCGGCAUUUGAAGCAAAUUGGAAAGGUGAAAAAGUUUGGUAAGUGGGUGCCUUGUGAACUAAGCGAAAAACAAAAAAAUUGUCGUUUUGAAGUGUCAUCUUCUCUUAUUCUACGCAACAACAGUGAACCAUUUCUCGAUCGGAUUGUGAUGUGCCACGAAAAGUGGAUUUUAUAUGACAGCCAGUGACAGCCAGCUCGGUGGUUGGACCAGGAAGCUCCAAAGCAUUUCCCAAAGCCAAACUUGCACCAGAAUAAGGUCAUGGUCACUGUUUGGUGGUCUGCUGCUGGUCUGAUCCACUACAACUUUCUGAAUCCUGGCGAAACCCUUACAUCUGAGAAAUAUGCUCAGUAAAUCGAUGAGAUGCACCAAAAACUACAACACCUGCCGCUGGCAUUGGUCAACAGAAAGGGCCCAAUUCUUCUCCACGACAGUGCCCAACCACACAUUGCACAACCAGCACUUGGGAAAUUGAACGAAUUGGGCUACGAAGUUUUGCCUCAUCCUCCAUAUUCACCUGACCUCUCGCCAACCGACUACCACUUCUUCAAGCAUCUUGACAACUUUUUGCAGGGAAAACGCUUCCACAACCAGCAGGAUGCAGAACAUGCUUUCCAAUAGUUCGUUGAAUCCCAAAGCAUGGAUUUUUAUGCUACAGGAAUAAACAAAGUUAUUUCUCGUUGGCAAAAAUGUGUUGGUUGUAAUGGUUCCUAUUUUGAUUAAUAAGAUGUGUUUGAGCCUAGUUAUAAUGAUUUAAAAUUCACAGUCCAAAACCACAAUUACUUUUGCACCAAGCUAAUACCACACAGUGCCCAGUGUGAUUUCUUGGCAUGAGAGCAUUUAUU